GGCGCGUCCUACGAUCUAUCCUCUACCAUAUUCCCUAUUUUCACCUGACACAAACACAAAAUCGUACGCACUGAAAACCUAGAGAAAAAUACAAAGCAUCAAGGAGACCGUUCUUUCGUUCGAUUAUACGCGUGAAGAUAUUUGGUGAAGCUUUCGUUCGCAACAUCUCUGUGAAAUGUAAACGAAUAUCUUUCCAAGAUGACAACGACGCGGGAGAAGAGUUUUGACAAAGAUGAGAGCAGAGGCAAGGAAGAUUAAAAGAGACGAUGGGAGAGCAGUUAGAAAGAACUGAAAUAUAAUUUUGAAACGUUCGUCGAAAAGAAAAUCGAAUCAGAAUGAGCAAGGAGGGAAACAGCGAAGAAACUCCUCAGGAAGGAGCUGGUGGUGGUGAAACAUCGAAAAAAGACGAUAUCUAUGAAACUGGAAGGUCGAAAAAGAUAGUACGUUUAAUCACUGUGAUGGCUUAUAUGUUCUCUGUAAGUUUCGUAGCCAUAGUUUUGAGUGGGUAUUACUUAUUUCUUUGGGAACCACCUAAUCCCAGACUUUUACGAAGACCGGUUCACUUGUUGGCCGAACCAGAAAUGGAACGCUUAUCAGGCGAUCCGCCGUAUGCGGAAAAUGAAUUGUACAAGCCCCAAAUGCUCUCUGGUCGUACUGCUGACAAGGAUAAUCUUGCCGAUAAUUACGAUUCCGCGAAGAAACGUGAAAAGAUGGACGAAUCUAUGUUUCUAUUGAGACACUCUUUGGUAGAGUUUCUGCAAAAUAGAGUCAACGAUUCAAAAUAUUACGACGAGUACAUCACGUCGAAAAGUCGGAGAGCUUCAAAGUUUUUUAAUCGCACUUCGUUAUUCGCUGAAAGAGAAAUGUCAAACUCGACGGACGAAACAAACGAAAAAGCUGUAAGACGAUCCUCGGAAAUUCUGAAUCGUACGUUCGAUAAUAAUAGUACAACCUUAACAUUGAACUCUUCGACUAUUUCUGGAGAUGAAACGAAUAAUAAUCGUUUAACGAGUACCAGAAAGAAUUCUAUGCACCCGGCGUCGCCUGAAAGCGUAUUUGAAUCGAGCCGUAAUUUCACACAAGACACGGCUACUAAUCGAGAGAAAUAUAAAAAGAUCGUGUUCACUGGUUCCAAGGCGAAAACAGAAACGUGGAAUAAAAAAAGUGUAAAGACGACGGGACUGAGAAGAAGCAGAGAAAAUGUUGAAACGCAAAGAAACAGAAAGGACGUUGAACAAGAGGUCCACUUAAAUGAUCAAUCAACCACGUUACAUUCUCAACAUAAUUUCGAACUUGCCGAUCGUCCGCAACAUCCUGAUCGAUCAAACGAAUCACCUACGGAAUUGGCGAACUUUGCGCUAAAGUUCAAAGAAACGCAGGCAAAAAAGACGACAAAAUUGGUGACCGCGACAGAUGAACAAAGUCCUACACAGGAGAUCGUAACUGCCGAACAACAAGAGAAUAAUCUGAUAACUAUUUCAACGGAAAGUGCUGAUACAUCCUCGAGUGCGUCGCCGCUAACAAUGUCCGAGGAUUUGCAACAAACUAAUGCGAGUAUAGAGACGAAAGAGACAUCUACCAAAAUACAUUCUAAGAUUAAUCAGACUUCCUAGAAGAGUAAGAGAGAAAAAAAGAAAGGAAGAUUAAAAGAGGAAGAAGCGAUUGUUACAGUCAACACCUUUAGAUUUGUUUUAUAGCAUUAAUGUACCAAUCUAGUUAACAUUGACAGAAAUGUUCCAGGAAUACUUUUCAAAUGAGAUAAUAUUUCUAUUAUUUAUGUAAAUCGCGAUAAUUGAUUUGACAACAUGCGAUAAGGAUUAAUUUUGACACUGCAAAAUUAUACGAUUGAAACGAAGAGACAGACAGACGAUUACCGUGAAUAAAAUCGUUUGGAGUAACGAAAAUUGUAUCUCUUUCCAUUAAUUUUUCAAGUGUAUAUCGAGAAAUAAA